CAUAUCUCUUCUGAAGAAACUACAGCAAAUUGUUGCUCACAACAGUCCUCUUGUGCAGCUCCUAAUCAGAAAAACCAAAAGCCACCCAACAGCCUUGCACAGACCACAGCAAUAUCCUUGUUCUUCUGCAUCCCAGUGAAGGGUCAACUCAGAGAAAAUAAAAUGGAAGUGACCAUGGAUGAAAACACAGCCAACAAAUACCUGUCGGUGACCAAUGGGAAACAAGUCAAAGUGAAUCCUACAGCCUCUGACAAACCCCCCAGUCUGGAUAGGUUUGACAUGAAGCCAUGUGUUCUGAGCAGACAAGCAUACAACUCAGGCAUCAUAAAAGUUGAAGUGGAUGUAGAUAAGAUAAACAUGUGGAGAGUUGGAGUUGUUACAAAGUCUGCCAAACGCCACGGGUUCACCAUGAUGCAACCCAGUAAUUACUACUGGGUUGUAGAGUGGAAUGGGCGUGAAUUGGUUGCUCUCGAUUACACGCAGAUAGUCAUUCAUAAAAAAUUUAUCCGAACGCUAGUCAUGUAUCUGGAUGUCGAUAACAAGAAAGUUACAUUUGAUGUUGACGACAAUGUCAAUGUCUACACUUUUGAUAGGAUGGCUUUUUCUGAGCCUCUCUAUAUACUAUUUUCUACUACAGAUGAAAACAAUCAACUUACAAUCAAAUAACUCUGUAGCUCUGGAAGUAAUGAAGCAGAUGAUUGCUUUCCCAGUGGAAAGCUAAGAAGUCACUGCUGUCUUGUUGUUUUAAAAUGCUUUAUAAUCUGAAUUCUGAUUUUCCUUGAAAAUGUGCUGUGCUUUGUCAAUGUUAUUAAUUACCAGCCAUCUUCUUCUAAAUCUCUUCUAUCAGCUCAAAAUUAAAUUAGAGAUAUGUAUCAUAUGCAGCAACAAGACAGGUCUUUGUUUUUUUUUGCAAUUUUCAACAUUCCUUCAGGUCUUCACACUGCUACAUAAAUACUGCUCCUUGAGACCUCCAGAGCUGCAAAAGCAGAGAUAUGUGAAUUGUGUAUCACUAGCAGUGUGUUGCAUGCCUGAGGCAGUCUAUGUUACUGUUAUAAAGAAGAUUUUCUUUCAAUAAAUUCUUUCUGCAAAUGAA